UCUUUAGGGGGAAAGGAACAAUGGCUUUGAUGUCCUCUAUCACAACAUGAAACAUGGACAUCUGUCAACAAAAGACUUAGCAGACUUUAUAAGAGAAAGGGCUACAAUAGAAGAGGCAUAUUCAAGGUCAAUGACAAAACUAGCCAAAUCAGCAAGCAAUUACACACAACUUGGGACAUUUGCACCAGUUUGGGAUGUUUUCAAAACCUCAACAGAAAAACUAGCAAGCUGUCACUUGGAUCUUGUGCGGAGAUUACAAGAGCUAAUAAAAGAAGUUCACAAAUACGGAGAUGAACAAAUCAAAGCUUAUAAAAAGACUAAAGAAGACGUUUCAGGAACAUUGGAAGCAGUGCAAAAUAUUCAAAGUAUCACUCAGGCCUUACAGAAAUCAAAGGAAAACUACAAUGCCAAGUGUGUUGAACAUGAACGUUUGAAAAAGGAAGGAGCAACACAGAGAGAAGUUGAUAAGGCAGCAGUUAAAUCAAAAAAAGCUACAGAUACCUAUAAACUGUAUGUGGAGAAAUACGCUGCAUUUAAAUCUGAUUUUGAACAAAAAAUGACAGAAACUGCACAGAAAUUUCAAGACAUUGAAGAAACACAUCUUCUUCGUAUGAAAGAGAUUAUAGAAUCAUUGUCAAACACCAUAAAAGAAGUUCAUUUACAAAUAGGAGAGGUGCAUGAAGAAUUUAUCAUUAACAUGACAAAUACUACAGUUGAGAGUUUAAUACAGAAAUUUGCUGAGUCAAAAGGAACUGGCAAGGAAAGACCUG